CUGUCAUAUCUAUUCUCACAUGUCUGAGACGGGUUAUAUAUAAUGAAGCUUUUCUAGGGUCAUCUCACUUGUGCCGGAACCAUCACGGAAGCUGGAGGAGCCUUAAAGGAAAUAAAGGUAACUCCCAACCAUGUGUGACGACGACGCUGCUGCUCUUGUUUGUGACAAUGGCUCUGGAAUGGUCAAGGCUGGCUUCGCUGGUGAUGAUGCCCCACGCGCCGUCUUUCCCUCGAUCGUGGGUCGCCCUCGUCACCAGGGUGUGAUGGUCGGCAUGGGUCAAAAGGAUGCCUAUGUGGGUGACGAGGCUCAAAGCAAAAGGGGUAUUCUUACUCUCAAGUACCCGAUCUGUCAUGGCAUCAUCACCAACUGGGAUGACAUGGAGAAGGUUUGGCAUCACACCUUCUACAAUGAAUUGCGAGUUGCUCCCGAGGAGUCGCCAGUGCUUCUCACCGAGGCUCCUCUUAACCCAAAGGCCAAUCGUGAAAAGAUGACACAGAUCAUGUUCGAGACUUUCAGCUUACCUGCUAUGUACGUAGCCAUUCAAGCCGUACUUUCCCUUUAUGCUUCCGGCCGCACGACAGGCAUUGUGCUUGAUUCCGGAGAUGGAGUGUCCCAUACAGUUCCCAUCUAUGAAGGCUUUGCUCUCCCCCAUGCUAUCAAUCGACUAGACCUGGCAGGUCGUGACCUGACUGAUUACCUUAUGAAGAUCAUGACUGAAAGAGGGUAUUCCUUCACGACUACAGCAGAACGUGAGAUCAUCCGUGACAUUAAGGAAAAACUCUGCUACGUUGCUCUGGACUUCGAAAAUGAAAUGGCACAAGCCGCAGCCUCAACAUCCCUGGAUAAAUCUUAUGAGCUUCCCGAUGGCCAGGUCAUUACCAUCGGCAAUGAACGUUUCCGAGCUCCUGAGGCCAUGUAUCAGCCUUCCUUCCUUGGUAUGGAAUCUGCUGGAAUCCAUGAAACUGUCUUCCAGUCCAUCAUGAAGUGUGAUGUCGACAUCAGGAAGGAUCUUUAUGCCAACACUGUCAUGUCUGGAGGUACCACCAUGUACCCUGGUAUUGCUGACAGGAUGCAGAAGGAGAUUACUACCUUGGCUCCCUCUACUAUCAAGAUCAAGAUCAUCGCUCCUCCUGAGCGAAAGUACUCCGUCUGGAUUGGAGGCUCUAUUCUGGCUUCACUGUCCACCUUCCAGACCAUGUGGAUUUCUAAGGAUGAGUAUGAUGAGUCUGGACCAGGCAUUGUCCAUCGCAAAUGUUUCUAAUUACACUCUAUACCCUAUCAAUAAAAGAAUGCCGAGUAAUUUAA